AUGCCUCCUCCCGUCGGCCGAUAUGGGCCCUCUGGCCUAGGCGCUCCUUAUUCCCUGCAGCAAGCCCAUCUCCAGUCUCAACCCCCCCACGCUCAAUCCGCCAACUCCGCUUUGCCGCCCCCUUCGCUUGGUGGCCAUCCUGGCUUUGCUGGGAACCCAAACACCAAUAUGAACCCAUUCACACUCUCUGGAGCAGGAAUAUCAAGUGGCAUGUCAGUUGCUGGGUUUGCAGGUGCUGCUGAUGGCGGUGGAACCGGUCUGGCUAGCCAUGCGGCUCAGAUGGGGUUUGCGCGCGGUGCACAAAUGCAACAGCAGCAGCUCCAUCAGGGUCAUGAUGGACGCUUGGCUCUGGAAUCAAAGGCUGGUGCUGUGAAAUCACGGAUUCGCGAUGUGUGGAAACACAACUUGGCUCAAGAGAUGGCUGUGUUGCGCCAGUUGGUCGACAAAUACCCAUACAUCAGCAUGGACACUGAAUUCCCUGGGAUCGUCGCCCGUCCGAUCGGUUCGUUUCAGACCAAGGCCGAUUACCACUACCAGACUCUCCGAUGCAAUGUCGACUUGUUGAAGAUGAUCCAGCUGGGCAUUACCCUGUUUAAUGCUGAGGGAGAAGUGCCCCCGGCCAACGCCACCGAUGCCAACGGGCAGCCGUACGGAAACGCCAUGGCCCCCGCACCCUGCACCUGGCAGUUCAAUUUCCGGUUCUCGCUUGAAGGAGACAUGUACGCCCAGGAGUCGACAGCCAUGUUGGCCAAGUCUGGGAUUGACUUCAACAUGCAUGAAAAGAACGGCAUCGACCCCUUCGAGUUUGGUUCUCUGCUGAUCAGUUCGGGGCUGGUGCUGCUGGACGACGUCCACUGGGUUUCGUUUCACUCCGGCUAUGACUUUGGCUACUUGGUGAAGAUCAUGCUUUGCUCCCCUCUCCCCGAGAAUGAGGAGGAAUUUCACAAGUUUCUCAACAUCUUCUUCCCGUCGCUGUACGACAUCAAGUACCUCAUGAAGCACGCCAGCCGCAACCAGGCCGUCAACGACAUGCCUCUGACGCCGGCCGCCGCUCAGAUUCUCGCCAAUUUGGGCCAGAAGUCCGGUCUGCAGGACGUAGCAGACGAACUCGGCGUAAAGCGGGUCGGGAUUGCUCACCAGGCUGGCUCGGACUCCCUCGUGACGGGCGAGAUCUACUGGAAGAUGCGUCAGCUCGUGUUCAAUGGCACCAUCGACGAAGCCAAGUAUUCCGGGCAGGUCUGGGGUCUGAACGGCCAGAUUCCCGCACUGAGUUAUCACAUGGCCCAGCAAACUCCGAACCUCAACGGGGCCACUAUCUACUCCGCUGGUACGCCCACCACUCCCAACACUGGGCACGUCGGUACUGGCGCCCACACACCUCAGCACCAUGGCGCAGGCUUCGGUAUCCCCACGCCCGGCGGGGCCUUCCACAUAGGCAAGGUAUGA